AUGCAGCAUUUCGAUGACAGUUUGCUCUCCAGGGGACUUGGCUCCAUCCAGGAUCUUUUAUUAGUUGGGCGAUUUGGCAUUUAUCAUCACCGACGAGUGUUCUGGGAAAGUUACAUGAUCGACCGUUACAGCUCCAUUACUUUGGAUCGUCCUUUUGCCGUGACAGACAAAGCCAUUCAGAUUGGGUUCCCCGCUAAUGCAAAUGAUGAUGAGCUUGAAUCCGCAGAGGGAUCAGGCGCAUUUACCGACCUGAACUCAUUUUGUGCUGUAUCUUCUUUGACGGCUGUGGCAGCGGUCACGGCGCGGACCACAUAA